ACACGCACAUGUGUAGCCUUUAUAUAUUUUAUGGUUUGUAUAUGUGCAUAUGUGUGUCACGCCUCUUUUAAACGUCACGGGUGCCGAAAAACUUCCACAAAGGAUACACCUGUGCAUCCUCGCUCAUAGCUCCUCCAGCAAGCCUCCUCUUUCCUCGAGAUGCAAUAUGAGAAUUGAGACAUCCUUAAACUUUGCGUGCUGAGAUGAGUUUCCGGGUCACAGGCAGGACAACGGAGAGAGGGGACGAGGAGGCACAAAAUAGAGAAAUGAGAAGAGCCCUUUGUUUACUAAAUUCCCAUUGGUUCAGAUGGAAGAUGAAGUGAGCGCCCCUACUUGUCCUACCCUCAGUUCAGCCUUGAGUCUCGUGAGGGAACCACAGCUUGUUAGACUCUGGAUAAAGAAACUUAAUGUAGGAUGAAGAUCUUGGUUUUUCUCACCCUCCUUGUAGUAGGUCUACACAGCGCGACGGCAGUGAUUCACUCUCUGAAGUAUUUCUACACUGGGUCCUCUCAAGUCCCAAACUUCCCAGAGUAUGUGUCUGUUGGGAUGGUUGAUGAAGCUCAGAUAAAUUACUGUGACAGCAACACCAAGAGAAAUGAACCCAAACAAGACUGGAUGAGCAGAGUCACAGCAGAUGAUCCACAGUACUGGGAGAGGAACACUCAGAUCUGUGUGGGUAACCAGCCGAGCUUCAAAGCCAACAUUGAAACUGCAAAACAGCGCUUCAACCAAACUGGAGGUGUCCACAUUUACCAGGUGAUGUACGGCUGUGAAUGGGACGAUGAGACUGAAGAGGUUAAUGGUUUCAUUCAGUUUGGUUAUGAUGGAGAAGACUUCAUAGUAUUGGACCUGAAGACAGAGACAUGGAUCGCUCCAAAACCACAAUCUGUCAUCACCAAACACAAGUGGGAUAAUAACAGAGGUCAGACAGUACAGUUCAAACAUUACCUCACCCAGGAGUGUCCUGACUGGAUAAAGAAGUACGUGAACUACGGGAAGAGCUCUCUGAUGAGAACAGGUAGAGUCACAUGA